AUGGUGGUAAGAUUGGGAUGGGGCUUUUCUCAGGAGCUCCCAGCUCUUCUGCUCAUCCUCUUCCUGCUUGUAAAGUCCAAUGAUUCCUCCAGAAAAUGUCUGAACCUGAAGGAUCCUUACCAUAGAAAACCUUCCACACAUCCCUCAAGUCCUUCAGAUGAAAUUAUAAUAGGAGAAUUUGUAUCCAUGACACUUGGUAAUUAUAAGGAACAGAAGUUUAGGGAACAUCCAAUUUCUUCACCAACCCAAGCUUAUAUAAUCCCUAAAAACUAUCAGCAUGUGCUUGCCUUUGUGUUUGCCAUUAAAGAAGUCAACAAGAAUCCUGAUCUGUUGCCCAACAACACUUUAGGGUCCAAGAUUUAUGACAAUGCUUACAACCCAUGGAGAACUACUUGGACUACUUUGGAUCUUCUGUUUCUCAGACAAGGGGCUCCAUUCAAUUAUUACCGUGAAGAGAAAGUCAUGGCCACCAUUGGGGGACUCACCUCAGAAAAUUCUAUUCACAUGGCCAACAUCUUCAGACCUUACAAAGUACCACAGCUUAAUUCAUUUUUGAGAUAUGUCCACUUUAACAAUAACGUUGGAGAUGAAAUAUUUCUCAAUGAAGAUAGGGACUUGGCAACAGGCUAUGACCUGAUCAAUUUUGUGACAUUCCCAAAUGAAUCCUUCCAGAGAGUCCAAGUUGGAAGAAUCGACCCUAAUGUUCGAUUUGGAAAAGAAUUCAUUAUUAAUGCAAGUGCUAUUAUAUGGAAUCCCAAGUUUCAUCAGACGGUGCCAAAAUCUACCUGUGUUGAGAGCUGUUAUCCUGGACAAAGCAAACAAAUGCAGAAGGGGAAACAAAUCUGUUGUUAUGAUUGUAUUCAAUGCCCUUCAAGUAGGAUCUCAACACAAAUGGAUGCAGAUGAAUGUGAGCCUUGCCAAGAAGAUCUGUAUCCUAACACAAACCAGCAGGAAUGCAUUCCUAAAGUAAUGACUUACCUGUACUAUAAAGAAGGCCUGGGAGCAGCUCUGACAUCUUUAGCACUUUUACUUUCUCUCACCACGCUCAUUGUGAUAGCGAUCUUCAGGUUGCAUUCAAACACUCCUAUUGUGAAAGCCAACAACUGGAGCAUUACAUGUAUCCUGCUCUCUUCUUUGCUCCUAUGUUUUCUCUGCUCCUUCUUCUUCAUUGGAAGACCUAGCAAAGGGACUUGCCUUUUAAGGCAGGCAGUGUUUGGCAUCACCUUCUCCGUUGCUGUUUCCUGUGUACUAGCCAAAACAAUCACUGUGGUUCUGGCCUUUGUGGCUACAAAACCAGGGAAUAGGAUGAGGAAAUGGAUGGGAAAGGGGCUAGCAAUCUUGGUCAUUGUGCCUUGUUCUUUGAUUCAGAUUGUCAUCUGUGCUGUUUGGAUAGUGAAGAAGCCCCCUUUCCCAGAAUUAGAGAAGCAUUCCCAAGUGGGUGAGAUCAUAGUGCAAUGCAAUGAAGGUUCAGAAAUCAUGUUCUACAUUGUGCUGGGCUACAUGGGCCUUCUGGCCGUGGUCAGCUUCACCGUGGCUUUCUUUGCCCGGAAUCUGCCUGACAGUUUCAAUGAAGCCAAGUUCAUCACUUUCAGCAUGUUGGUGUUUUGCAGUGUUUGGAUAUCCUUCAUCCCCACCUACUUGAGCACCAAAGGAAAAUUUAUGGUAGCCGUGGAGGUUUUCUCCAUAUUGGCCUCUGCUUUUGGUUUACUGAGUUGUAUUUUCCUUCCCAAAUGCUACAUUAUUAUAAUGCGGCCUGAAUUAAAUAAGAAGGAGCAAUUGGUAAGGAAAAAUAAGGAUUGA